AUGGUUUACCUUGGAUGGAAACAUUUCAAGGAACAGGAGAAAGCUUACACACUUGUGCCUCUGGUCAAAGGAGGAGGAAGUCGAGUGAUAGAAAUGCCAUUAACUAGUUGUAAGACGGACAUAUACCAAACUUGUAAGAAUUUUUUUUUUCCUGAUGGGAAUUCUAUAUUUGGAAAUGAGGAUGAUAUGCUGUUUAGUCUGACUAACUUUAAAGGUGAGAAGGUUGAAUAGUCUAUUAAAGCUGGAAGAGAAUAUAUACCAUUUAACUUGUGUAACUACAUGGAAGCACGCAAAAUUAGAACUGUUAGACUGUAUUUACAAUCCAGGAAGAUUGAUGGCAGUGAUGAUGACGAUGAUCUCUUAUCCAGUGCAUUUGAUCAUGACCUUAAUCAAGAAGGCUCACUGAUUGGCCCCCACCUUGAGAGGCAGUCUCUUGUAUCCCGUAAUCAAGAAAGCUCGCUGAUCAACUCCACCUUGGAUAUGCAGUCUCUUGUGUCCCAAAAUCAAGAAAGCUCACUGAUUGGCUCCACCCUCGAGAGGCAGUCUCUUGCAUCAGAACAAGACAAGGAGUAUCAAAAGUCGCUGAAAGUAGAUGAAUGA